GGGCUGUCCGAGGAUGAGGCAGCGCUGGCGGCUAGGGAGGAGGCUGAGUUGGCGGCGGCGCUCGAGGAGAGCGCGAGGCUGGAGGACGAGACGAGGCGCCCAGCGGAGGAGCAGGCGCCUCCCGCCGGGUCGACCAGCGACCCUCCACCGACUGAGGAGCAGCCCGUCGCGGCGCUCUCGCUAGCCGACGCCAACUUCGACACGGGUCGCGCAGCGGUCCCUGAGUCCACCCUGGGCGGCGAGACUACGUGCAUCGUUUGCUUCACUCGGCCGAAGGAUCACGUCGCGAUCCCUUGCGGGCAUCAGUGCGCGUGCGGGGACUGCUCCGCUAAGAUGGAGCAAUGUCCUAUCUGCCGCCAGCCGGUGCUUAUGUGGAUGGACUCAUCGCGCAUUCGCCUGGCGUGA